UUUAGCGUUAUUGUGAUAUGAUGUGUGCGUACUUGAAGAUUUAAUGUUGUUUAUUUUGACGAAAUCGUGAAAUUAUUGUGACAUUGGUGCUCAGUGAAUAUUUUAAUGUAAAUUUUGGUGAAAAAUAGGUACGAGUUUGAGAAUGGAGUUUCUACUUGGAGGUGCCUCCGGCAUGGCAGCAUGCCUCUUCACCAACCCUUUGGAAGUAUUAAAGACACGUCUCCAGCUACAAGGUGAACUUCAAGCUAAAGGCCAUCAUGCUGUGCACUACAGAAAUGUUUUCCAUGCUGGCUACGUUGUGGCUAAAAACGAUGGGCUACUUGCUCUUCAAAAAGGAUUGGUUCCUGCUCUCUGGGUGCAGCUGGUUAUGAAUGGAGCUAGAUUAGGAGUAUAUGGGUUUGCUGAUGCUGCAGGUUACCUAAGAGACGAGUCAGGUGAUUUAGUAUUUACAAAAACAAUUCUAAUCAGUGGAGCUGGUUCUGUCUUAGGAAAUUACGCAGCUAGUCCUUUAUUUCUAGUCAAAACUCAUUUACAGUCGCAAGCUGUAGAUGCGAUUGCUGUAGGGCAUCAGCAUAAACAUAAUGGGACUUUUCAGGCGCUUCUCAAUAUUUAUAAAGCUAAUGGUAUUAAGAAAGGACUGUUUCGAGGUGCUGUAGCCACUAUCCCCAGAUCUUUCGUAGGAGGAUCAUCCCAAUUAAUUUGCUUUGAUUAUACUAAGCAGAUAAUUACUAAUUAUGGCAUCACUGAUAACAAACUACUAAAAUCAUUUUUGGGUAGUAUGGUUGGAGGUAUAGGAAUUAGUAUAAUGAUGACUCCUUUUGAUCUGAUUAUGACUAGACUUUACAAUCAACCUGCUGAUCCAUCUGGCAAAGGCCUUCUAUACAGUAGCUACUUUGAUUGCGUAGGAAAAAUUUACAAAUCUGAAGGACUAAUGGCAUUUUAUAAAGGCCUUGGACCUAUGUAUCUUAGAUUAGGACCUCACACUCUGCUGUGCUUGAUGUUCUUUGAUCAAUUUAGGGAGCUAGCUUAUGAAUAUGCCCCACGAAAGACUGUCAAAGUACAAAAUAUAUGAAAUUGGAUUAUAAUGAUUAUUAUCUGGAAUAAACGGGCUUUAUUGAAAAUUCUUCUCUGUACAUAUUGCAUACGUUAUAAUAAUUAUCAACCUUUCUAUUAAGGUAUAGGUAUACAGACCGGACCAACCUACUAGACACAUAGGAAGGAAUAAGAAGAAUUAGCUUGUACCCGGUUUAGGCGAAUCGAGGCGGCGCUGCCGAAGCCGAGUAUAGCCGGCCUGCCGAUGCACGAAUUUUAUUAACAUGCAGAGACGAUCAAUCAGCCACCGUGACGAUCCUGCAGUGAAAUGAGUAUCAGGGUAUCAGUCAACUGGUCCCAUUGAAGCCUUUGUGUCUAGUAGCCUGAUCCUAUAUACCUUCUUGAAUGUACGACCUCCUAGAACAUACGUACUUAUUUAUAAUUUUUUGCUGAAGAAUAUAUUUUUUCUAUAAAUUUUAUUUAGAUAGGUACUAAGAAAAAAUACCUAUCUAGCUAAUUGUGCUACAAAUUUUACAUUGCAAAUUAUAAGUACGCUUUUAAAUAUUAAAUUAGAAUGAUUUUUCACAAGAAUUUAACAUAGUCAAUUGGUUUUGUUUCAAAUUCAGUUCAAACAAUCAAAAAUACUCUAUGAGAGCGGUUGUGCGUGUCGUGCAAGGGCUGUGUUUUUAAAACGCAUUAAAAUUGUUAAAAAUAAGUUUAUCCUAACUUUACACACACGUCUACGUAUAAUUUCACUAAAUACAGCGUGUUUUGUUGAA